ACAGCUAGGGCUGUCGCUGUCACCAACAAUCACCCCGUAUCUGUCGUCGAACAAUACCCAUCACAGUCCCAUGAACAGGCUCGGCGACAAGGUCCGGUAUGUCGUCCUGCUUUGUUGAAAUUGUCAUGUUGUUGAAUCGGUGGUGCAGAUUACCUCCGGCGUGCAGAACACCCCCAGCAUGCAACACGACGUUGUCUUGGAGAAGAAUGUUCAAGCCCAACCCAGCCAGAGUCAAGACAAGCCGUCCCAUAGCGGCGCCGCUACAGCAAGUCCUACUCAAGGCAAGACGAAGAGGUAUGAUGAAGCGUACGACGAUGCAGCCUAUGACGAUGGCCAGUACCGUCUCGGCUCUGAUGCUAUCAUUCCGAACGCCGUCCCCGCGCUCCCUGUGCCUGUGCCUGUGCUCCCCGCGCUCCCUGUCUCUGUGCCUGUGCUCCCCACCCUUCCUGUGCCUGCGCUCCCCACCCUUCCUGUGCCUGCGCCCUUACCCGUCACUGCAACAGGGGCCGCGACCAUGAGUUCAUCAGCUCCGGGGACGACAGCCUCUUCCGCGUCUGCAACGGACACCACCUCUACCGCUGCCACCUCUGCAACGGAGACGAUCACUUCCACUUCCACGACAGCCGUCGCCCCUACCGAGACAGCAAUACGCGCCGUAGCCGCUACAGCGGGUGGCAAACGCUCCGAUGAUGGCCAGUACCAUUCUGAUGCGAUCUUUGACGACGGUCAGUACCAUCCCAAUGCCGUAUUUGACGACGGCAAGUACCACAUCAGCCCCGCUGGAGGCAAACGUUCGGACAAUGGCCAGUAUCACCCUGAUUCGAAGUUCAAUGAUGACCAGCACCACUCGGGGAAACAUAACAGCAGGAGGGGGUUGGUGCAUCAGGGCAAGGUACGCGCUGCCAGGAGAAGAGCUUUACAUUAGGAAAGUGUAGACGCUAUUGAUGCAAAUGUCACUCCUUCACACAAACUCUUUGAUUCAUGCAUGUGCGAUUAGUGAGGACCAGCGCGCGGGCUUCAACAUUUGUUGAAAUUGGGCGUGUGCGCUUCGAGCUGCUUUCACCCCAAUCCUCCUACCCCGAAUACAAAAGGAACGAUUGUCUUCUACUAUGUAUUACUAUACUACUGACCCCAGACCCCUUUGCACAAGUAUGUACGUAUUAUUGC